CCCUCUACAGGGACGUCAUGCAGGAGACCUAUGAGAUGGUGACCUCGCUGGGAUUUCCCCUUGCCAAACCUGAGCUUAUCGUCUGCCUGGAGCAAGGGGAAGAGCCGUGGGUGCCGGAUCUCCAGGCCUGCGAGGAAAGAUGGCUUCCGAGAUGCCCCCAUACAGCAGGUGCUGAGCGAGGGAAUGAGAAUGAGGAGGAGAAUCAUCAUCAGGAAGUUCCUGGAGAAGUGCAACCCCAGGCGACCUUUGUGGGAGGAGCUGAAGGGAAAUGUUUCAGUCCAAAGUCAGCACUAAAGUCACUUAAGAAAAGCCACACAGGAGAAAGGCCCCAUAAGUGCUUGGACUGUGGGAAAAGUUUCAUGCAAAGGUCACACCUUGUUCGACAUCAGGCAAUCCACACAGGAGAGAGACCCCACAAGUGCUUGGACUGUGGGAAAAGUUUCAUAAAAAGGUCAAACCUUGUUCGACAUAAGGCAAUCCACACAGGAGAGAGACCCCACAAGUGCUUGGACUGUGGAAAAAGUUUCAUACGAAGGUCAGAAUUUGUUUAUCAUCAGGCAGUCCACACAGGAGAGAGACCCCAUAAAUGCUUGGACUGUGGGAAAAGUUUCAUGCAGAGGUCACACCCUGUUCAACAUCUGGCAAUCCACACUGGAGCGAGACCCCACAAGUGCUUGGACUGUGGGAAAAGAUUCAAACACAGGUCACACCUUGUUCAACAUCAGGCAAUUCACACAGGAGAUAGACCCCACAAGUGCUUGGACUGUGGGAAAAGAUUCAAACACAGGUCCCACCUUGUUCAACAUCAGGCAAUUCACACAGGAGAUAGACCCCACAAGUGCUUGGACUGUGGGAAAAGUUUCAUACCUAGGUCAGAACUUGUUAAACAUCAGGCAGUCCACACAGGAGAGAGACCCCACAAGUGCUUAGACUGUGGGAAAAUUUUCACACAUAGGUCGGCACUUGUUAAUCAUCAGUCAGUCCACACAGGAGAGAGACCCCACAAGUGCGUGGACUGUGAGAAAAGUUUCAAAAGAAGGUCAAGCCUUGUUCAACAUCAGGCAAUCCACACAGGAGAGAGACCCCACAAGUGCUUGGACUGUGGGAAAAGUUUCAUACGAAGGUCAGAAUUCGUUUAUCAUCAGGCAAUCCACACAGGAGAGAGACCCCAUAAGUGCUUGGACUGUGGGAAAAGUUUCAUACGGAGGUCACAGCUUGUUCAACAUCAGGCAAUCCACACAGGAGAGAGACCCCACAAGUGCUUGGACUGUGGGAAAAGAUUCAUAAAAAGGUCAGACCUUGUUUCUCAUCAGGUAGUCCACACAGGAGAGAGACCCCACAAGUGCUUGGACUGUGCGGAAAGUUUCAUACGAAGGUCAGACCUUGUUUGUCAUCAGUCAGUCCACACAGGAGAGAGACCCCACAAAUGCUUGGACUGUGGGAAAAGUUUCAUACGAAGGUCAGACCUUGUUUGUCAUCAGUCAGGCCACACAGGAGAGAGACCCCACAAGUGCGUGGACUGUGAGAAAAGUUUCAUAAAAAGGUCAAACCUUGUUCGACAUCAGGCAAUCCACACAGGAGAGAGACCCCACAAGUGCUUGGACUGUGGGAAAAGUUUCAUACGGAGGUCAGACCUUGUUCAACAUCAGGCAGUCCACACAGGGGAGAGACCCCCACAGGUGCUUGCUCUGUAGGUAAACAUUCAGACAAAGAUCAGCCCUGGUUAAACACCAGAAAAUCCACACAGGAGAGAGACUCUGUAAGUGCUUGAACUGUAGGAAAAGUUUCACAUGGAGAUUAGACCUCGUUCAACAUGGGAGAAUCCACACAGGAGAGAGACUCCUCACAAGUGCUUGGACUGUGUGAAAAGUUUCAUACAGAGAUCACAGCUCAUUAAACAUGAGAGAAUCCACACAGGGUCUAAACUUCUGUGACACAUGACAAAAAGGGUUAAGCAGCUUCCAUGUAAUUGACUCAAAUCAGGCCUUGUUACACGUCAGGGAAAACUAAAUCCUCAGUACCACUUCCAGGGCCGGCUCCAGGCAUCAGACGAGGAAGCACGUGCCUGGGGCGGCACUUUUUGCUUGG